AUGUCUGCGCCUGGUGGCGCUCCCAGCCCCGUGCCGCGCAGCGGCAGCAUAGGUCCUGGCGCCAACGGAGGUGGCAUGUCUAUGAAUUCUCAGCAACCCAUGUCAGGCACUCCAAUGCAUCCUUCCACUCCGGGGCCACCCCCGCCCCAAAGUGGCGCUAUGUCUCAGCAGAACCUGAACCAGAUAGUUCUCGACCUGGAUGGUUUCGUGCACGUUAUGGAUUGUUUGGUCUUCUUGUCUGGAACUUGGUUGUGGUGA